AUAAAAAUUCUGUGUAAAAAUCAAUUUUAUAGUGUUAUGUAGUAAAAUUUUGAUAUUGUAAUUUAUUUUACGUCCAGACUGAUUUAUAUUUAUUCUUGUUCAGAAAAAGAUUUAUACUGAAUUGUUGUUUUCUAUUUAGUAGUUAUUACUAAUUAACAGUUUUAAUAGGUUUUGUGACACCAGUGUAAAUAUUUUUUAGCUUGUUAUCAAAUUAUUUAAGUGAAACAUUAUAAGCAUUCGAGGCGCCAAAAACUAAGCAGGAUGGCGUCUUUGCCUUCCCCUAAUGAUGUAGCUGGUAAUCAUUAUCCUAUAUACGACGCUUUCUAUAAUAUGGUUGAUCCUACAAACAAAGGUAAUGUUGGUGCAAUAGACGCAGCAAAUUUUCUAAAGAAAUCUGGUCUAUCUCAAGUUAUACUUAGUCAGAUAUGGGACUUAUCUGAUCCAACAGCCAAUGGUUUUCUGACAAAGCCUGGAUUCUUUGUAGCCCUUAAAUUGAUAGCAUUAGCUCAAGCUGGACAAAACCUAUCAAUAAGCAAUAUUACUCAACAAUUACAACCACCCAAUAUGGGAGAAGCAUCAAAAUUAGUUGCAAACAAAGUUUCAGGUUUAGUAACCCCUUCUUCUAAUAUAAAUGACUGGUCAAUGAAACCUGCUGAAAGAUUGAAUUAUGAUAAAAUGUUUGAAUCUUUAAGGCCUUUAAAUGGAACAGUAUCUGGAGAUAAAGUCAAAGGAUUACUGAUUGAUUCAAAGUUAUCAGUUGAUACAUUAGGUAAAAUUUGGGAUUUAGCUGACAUGGAUAAAGAUGGUAAAUUGAAUCAACAUGAAUUUGCAGUGGCAAUGCAUUUAGUUUACAAGGCUUUAGAAAAAUAUGCAAUACCCGCUGUUUUACCUGCAGAGCUUUUACCAUCUACUAAAAGAAAAACAUCUAUUGUAACAGCCUCACCUAUUCCAAUAUUACCAGUGCUUCCGUCAUGCACUUCUAAUAAUCUAGUCAAACAACUUCCAGUAAGACCAAUUAGUCCAUCUACUGAAACACUAACAUCAACAUGGGUUGUUACUGCCGAUGAUAAAUCUCGUUAUGAAUCUAUGUUUAUAGAAUCUGACAAAGAUUUAGAUGGUUUCGUUUCUGGAUCUGAAAUCAAAGAUAGAUUUUUAAAAACUGGUAUACCCUCAUCAGUAUUAGCUCAUAUAUGGAGUUUAUGUGACAUUAAGCAACAAGGAAAAUUAGAUAUAGAUCAGUUCUGUUUAGCCAUGUGGUUUGUUGAACGAAAAUUAAAAGGAAUUAAUCCUCCUCAUGAACUUUCUGCUGAUAUGAUGCCACCAAGCUGUAGAAAUAAUAGUCAAAAUAAUACUACUAUUGCAGGUAAUGAAAUGUCUCAAAUAUAUUCGAACCCCGAAUUAAAUAUGAUUCAAAAAGAUAUUGAUGAAUUAGUUAAAGAAAGAUUAACUUUAGAAACUGAAAUUACUCAAAAGGAUGCUGACUUAAAAAUUCGUCUUGGUGAAGUCAAAAGUUUACAGAGUGAACUUGAUACCUUAUCUGCCACCUUGAAACAACUUGAAAAUCAAAAAGGUGAAGCUCAAAAACGGCUAAAUGAUCUUAGAAAUCAGACUGAGUUGGUAGAAAGUCAGAUUAAAGACAUCAAUCGAAAAGUAAAAGAUGAACAAGUACAGGUAGACAGUCUUCGUAAACAAUCUGAAGACCAAGAAAAUUUAUUAAAAAGUCAGGAAUCAGAACUUGCUUCUAAAAAACAAGAACUCGAUGAAUUAAAAUCACAAGAACAUAAACUUGAAAACGAACAAACUGAAAUGAGCUUAAAAUUAGAAAAAAUGAAUAAAUUAUUACAAAACUCACAAUUACAAAUUAGUCAAAUAAAAAAUAAAGUAAACCAAAUAGAAGAAAAUAAAUAUCAAAUGGAAAAUAUUAUUGAAUCUACUGAAAAAGCAUUAGCUGAAGGAAAUCUAUAUGCCAUACCAGACUCUUUAUUAUCAUUGAACUUAGAAUUUCGUGAUAUAGAAUGUAGUAAAUUGCUUGGAAAAAUUGAUGAUGAUAAAAAUAUGUUCGAAAAUGUGAAUGGUUUUACUUCUGCAGAUCAAUCUAAUAACUCUUUUAAAACUGAUUUGUUUGCAAAUAAUGAUGCUUUCUCUGCAAACAAUAAAUCGGAUGAUUUUUCGCAUGAUCCAUUUACUUCAUUUGAUGACUCCCGAGCUAGAAGUCAAAGUACUGAUCCAUUUGGAGGCGAUUCAAAUACAUCAAAAUUGUCUAAUAGACAAGAAGAUAAAGAUGCUUUUGGUUGUGAUCCAUUUGCUAUUUUACAUGCUCCUACUCGACCCAGUUCUGCUCCCCCUCAACAAAGACCUGAGAGUCCAACCCCAGCAUUACCUCCAAAAAAAGGUAAACAACCACCACCAAGGCCAGCACCACCAAGGCCAGCUCCAUACACCCCUUCAUCACAAACAAAUUCGUCAACUAUUUCUGAGUUUGCUGAUUUUUCAAACUUCAACAGCAAGUUUUUACAGAGCACAAAAACAGAAGCAAAAAUUCAAUUACAAUCAAAUAGUUUUGAAUUUACUGAAGACCCAUUUAAGGACUAUAGAUAUGAGGAUCCUUUUAAGAUUGAUCCAUUUUCGGAUACUGGAUUUGAAACUGAUCCAUUUGGAGAUGGAGCAUUUUCUUCAGAUGACUGUCAAAAAAUUAGAAUAAGUGAUGAACAAUUUGCAUGGGAAGCACAAAAAAAGUUUAGAAUAGAAGAAGAAAAAGCAAGGUUAGAACAAGAGAAAGCAGACUUUGAACUGGCAUUAAGAUUAAGUAAAGCCACAACAACUAACAAUAGAUCAAAAAUAUUAUUAUAGCUGAAUUAUAUAUAUAUAUAUGAACAUCUACCAAAAAUAUAUUCUGUAUUAUUAUAUGUUUAUUAUACAAUACUCCUAUGGAUUUUUUAUAACCAUUUUAUCUUUAUUAUUAUUUUUAUAUAAACAGUAUAUCAGUUGAUUAUUUUUUUAUAAUUAUUUUUUUGUUCUAUUUAGCUGUAAAUGGUUUUUCUUAUGUAUCACUAUAGAAGUAUUGAAAAUGUUUAAUCUUCAUUAGUCAUAAUUAUUAAUAUAUGUUGAUUUAUUUUUGUGCCUACAAUAACAACAGGACACAAGCAAUAAGUAUAUAAUAACUAUGGUAAAUAGUAAUUUUAACUUUGUACAGAAUCAAGCUUUAAGUUUUCAUUUAAUGGCCAAAGUGAACUUUUAACCUAUGGUAUACUAAAAAAAAAUGUUAGUGGUUAAAUGUUAUCCUACUUUAAAAUUAGUUUUAAAAAAGCACAAUGUUAUUAUAGUAGUAUUCAAAAAAGCUUUUACAUAACAUAGUUCUGAGUUUAUGGCCUAUCAAUUUUAUAGGUCAAGCACAUUUUUAUUUAUUUUUAUUAAUAUUACUAAAUUUUGUUAAUUGUUAACUACUGUUAAAAAUUAUUUGUUCACUAAUGAUAUUUAAAUUAAAUUAUGAUAAAUAAAAUGAAUAAAUUGUACAAAUUUUCAAUUAAAUUGUAAAUUUUAAGUAUGAAUUGAAUAUCACAUUGUUUAUUAUACUUAUUUUCCUCUUUAAGUUGAAAUAUUGUGUCAUAAUUUUUUUGCCAUCUGUUAAUCAUAACUAAAAUAUCUAUUCUAAAUGUUUCCUUAUUGGUAUUAAAUUACUCAGUUAUUAAUUUAUAAUAUUAAUAUUCUUAAUGUAUAAUGAUAAAAUAUUUAAAAUGUUUCCUUAAUAUAUCUGAAUUAUAUUUUAAAUCUAAGUUUUUAUUGUUAUCAAAAAAUGCACUAACCUUUAAAUCUACUACUACAAAUUCUUCAUCUAUUCCUACAGUAAGUUAGGUUAAGAAUUUAAUUUAAAAUAUCUUUAUAAAAUAAUGAAAUGGACUAGUUAAUGUAAUGGAUAUAUAUUAUUGAAUAAUCGUCAGAGCUGUAUUUAAGAUAUUAUUGUUAGAUGGCUAAACUAUUUUUUUAGGGUCGCUCUUUAUAUAAUAUCCAUGUGCAAUUAGUCUUCAACAUUUUUUAAUUAACUUAUAGUGUAAAAUGUUUUUAUUUCUUAUCAAUGUCCGUAUUCAAAUCAAAGUUAUCAAUUACUUCAACCUUUCAGUAAAUUAAGUAAAACUCAAAUUAGAAAAAUCUUCUAUGAUAAGACCUUUUGUUGUUAUUAUUUAAGCUAAUAGUGAAUUAUUUUCAAAGGAAAACUACCUAGAUUAAAAUUAAAUAUUUUAAUCAACUGAAUGUAAACAAUAUUUGUAGGUUUUUUUCCAUGACAUUGAGAUUUGCCCCGAAGGAAUUUUAGGGGAGCUAUUGUAAAUUCAAGCCACUCCAUAAAUACGGCCCUGAUUAUAGUAUUAAAUUCAAGUUUUAUUUUUGACUGUACUUAAAUAAUAUUUUGUCUUGUCAUGGUUUUAUAAACCGCUAUUAAUAAUUUUUUUUUUAUGUAUAAAUAUAAUGUAAAAACACUUAUAUUUGUAACUAAAUUUCAAAACAAUAUUAUCAUGUUGAACAUGAGAAAAUGAUCUAUUUAGAGUGUUAACAAGAUGACACUUAACUUAUAUGUUCUAAUGACAUUGUAUUACUAUAAAUAUGUGUAACAGUUAUAAACCUUCUCAAACAGAAAUUUUUGUUAAGUAUUAGCAAUGGACGAAGUAUUGCACCAGUACUGGCAACUGACCAUUUAUUAUCACGUAAUACAGUAGUAUACUCUUUAGUAUGGGAUAGCAAACCAGUAUACUGGCUUGCGUCUCUUCUAAGUACUGAGCCAGUAUUGACUGACAAUUACUGGCAGAAUACUGAUCAUACAAAACCUCCAGUACAGAUCUGUUAGUAUUGGUCCAGUACUGGUAGCAACCACCAAACCCAACCCAACCAGAACUGCCAGCACUGUUGUAGCACUGCGCCUCUUGUUAAUUUCUGAUAGGACCUUUGUUCGUUGUUUAAUUGAGUCCGACUUUCAAAAUAAUUAUUUUAGCUAAUAUAUUGUGAAAAAUUUAGUAUGUACUUACUUCUAUGCCAUGUUAUUUUUCAUCUAAUAUAAUAGUAUGUAUGAUACUAAAAUAAUAAAGUACCAUCAUCAUA